GCGAUACAACCCUGAGCUCUUACCCGAUAGAAGCAGAAUGGGCAAGAGAAAAGGUCCAUCCAAGAGCAUCUUCGCAUCUCUUCCUCUGGAAAUCAAACAAAGCAUCCGUUCUCAAACCUCGUUACCUCUCAAAGGCGAUCUGCUUGCGAUUGAAAAUCAAGCCAAAAGUCUCCUCCCCGUCGAAGGAUCCAACUUCUUACCCACCCAGCCAUCCGCAUCAGAUGACGCAGUAUCGGAACCUACGAUUUCUCAUCUCCAGGCAGGCCCUUCGAAGCUGCCGGCAACUUCGCCGCAGGUCUCGGACAAGGCAAUGAGCUCGUCGAUAGUGACAGAAACGAUGGAGAGGGAAGAUGUUGGGGAGUACGAUUUCACAGGUACAGAUUAUAACGACUAUCGACCUGCCAAAAAGCAAAAGGUAAUCAAGGGUCGAAAGAAGGGACAAAAAGUGGUGAACGGUUUCAAGGAUCAUCCGUGGGAUUGUACGGGUCUGAUACAUCGAUAUACGAGAGUGGAGCAAGUACCUGUGGAAUUGAAGAAGUAUUGGUAUCAGCGUCAUUUUUAUUUCCCUUCAUACGAUCAACUUCCUUUGCUUCUAGAUACCACCGGAUGGUAUUCUAUCACUCCUCAACCCAUUGCGGCUCAUAUUGCUCAAAGAUGUCAAUGUGAUGUGAUAGUGGAUGCCUUUUGUGGUGUGGGAGGUAACGCUAUCGAGUUCGCCAAGACGUGUCAGAGAGUCAUAGCAAUCGAUAAUGACCCCAUACGUCUCCGUCUUUCCCGACACAACGCCCUCCAUCUCGGCGUAGCCGACAAGAUCGAAUUCAUCCUUACCGACUUUAUCUCCUGGGCUCGCUGUCAAACCCUUCAACCUAAUUCCCCAAAUAAGAUUGAUGUAAUAUUUCUCAGUCCACCAUGGGGAGGACCAGACUAUUUGACAUUCACCGAUCCCCUCACUUCCAAUCCUAACCCUCAAUCCACUUCAUAUCCCCUCUCAGCCAUCUUGCCUAUUCCGGGUAAAGAGCUAUUUGAACUUUGUUCGAAGAUCACUCCCGACAUAGCCUUUUAUCUUCCUAGAAAUGUGGAUGUGCAAGAGGUCGCACAACUUGCCUCUAGGGAAUGGGUGGAGAUGGAAGAAGAAUGGGUUGGGGAUAAGUUGAAAGCUGUUACAGCGUAUUUUGGUGGGUUAAUCUCUAAUGAAUGA